AUGGUCAAUGCCUUGCCAUACGAAAUAUUUCUGCUCAUCACAGAGAACCUACCCAUGGACCGGGAUGUUUCAUUGAAAGCAGACGUAAAUUACCAUAGAUGCAUCUAUAAUGGAGAAGCCAAGCCCUUAACGGGAGGCGCAAAAGAGGGAUAUGUGGGCAUCACAAGACUGCUCCUGGAGCAUGGCGCCGAAGUUGAUCUCUGCAAUCCGGAUGGGGGACCAUGUGAACCUCCGUCGACAUUGGCCGCAGCUGAAGACAAAUACGGCAUUUUAUGCUACCCGAAGGAGAUUCAAAAUUACCGGAGUUCAGAUGAUGAAAGUCUUGAUGAAAGCCUUUACCUCGACAACAUAUUUGAUGUAAGAGUAACAGAGAAGUUAAAGGACACCCGGGACUACAAGGCUGCUGUGAGACUACUUGGGGCCAAUUCCAAGAACACGAAGAAGGCCUCACUAUCGCGUGUAUCACCUUUGAUGGUAGCUGCUAGAUGCGGCAAUCUUUAG